AUGUUAUCAUUAAAGCAAAAUAUUUACGGAAGAGACGCGCUACGUAGUUCUAGAAAGUUUGUAAGUACUCUUAGUCCUAUAGUAACUCCUACAAUACUUAAUCACCAAUUGCCUAACUCAGAAGGUAUCGAUGAACUUGAAAGUGAAGACAACGGAUAUAACGAAUUAGAUUUCAGCCAUUUGCUCCCAGAGAGUUUGGAUAAGAAAACUUUGAGGACUGAAGAUUUCUUAGAACAUGAAGAAAAUGUUGAGGAAAGCCUUGCGAACCAACAAAAUCGCUUAGAAGAUAAAAUUGUCGAUUUAAGAAGCUUGUCGCAUCAUAUAAAAAUACCAGAUAUUAAUGAACUUCAGGGUGUUUCUAAGCAUAACUGCAGUUGUAGUCGACACGCGACCUUUUCCCAUGGGUCACAAAGUACAUAUUCUCAAAGACCUAAUGGGUAUAUAGGAACUACUCUAUCUUAUCCAUUCAUGCCAAUCUACCUACCAUCAUACCAACAUUACUUCCAUUACCUUCCGAGUUUUGUUAUGGAUUACACUGAGCCCGCCCUAAAUUAUGUUUAUGAUGAUGAUAAUAAUGAUGAUGGUGUUGAAUCUAACAGUGAAGAAGAAGAAGAUCACACACAUUCUGCAAAACCAACAAAGAGGAGGAAGAAAAAAAAUAAAUGUAGAGCUGAACAAGAAAACUUAUUUAAAAUCGAAUAUGAUUUAUUACCUCGUCCAACGACUAUUAAAGAAAGAACUACGGUCGAGGAUAAUAAAUCGAAAUCAAAACAAUUAUUGUCAGAUAUACUAACGGGUUUAUCACUUGGGUUUCUAGCAGUUCAAAAACUAGCCAGAAAGAAAGUAAUAAAAUGA